CACGAAAUGGUAUGCACAAAGAAGAAAGCCGUGAAGCGAGUGCUUCUGUGUUUUCCGUAAAGAAUAAGAUGGAGAUCAAAGAACUUGUGUGUAGUCACUGUGGGAAAACAGGACAUGAGGUCGAGGCAUGCUACAAACUGAUUGGGUACCCCGAAGGUGAAACAUUAGAUGACGAUGGAUCAAGCAGCCCCACUCCAGCUGAUCACUAUGAUGAUGAUGAUGAUGAAGUGCUGGCGGAGGAGCAGCAGGACCGUCCACGGAGGAACGGUCAACCGGAAGAAGGCGAAAAAGCAGCUGAGCUACCGGCGGUCGAUCUGGUGGACCGUUCUGAUGUUCACGGUCGACUGUCAUCGAGGCAGAAAAAUGGAAUCCUGGGAGAUCAACCAACGGUCGACUCGGUGGACCGUUCUGAGAGACACGGUGGACCGUUCGUGGGGCAGAAAGUCAGACUCCAGGGAGAUGAAGAAACGGUCGACCGUGAUGAGAGCAACGGUCGAUCGUCCCCAAGGCAGAAAGGAGGCAAUGAGGAACCAUCACAGACGGUUGACCCCGUGGACCGUUCCACGGAUGGCGGUCGACCCUCCUCAUCCCAGCAAGAAACAGAGACCUUGGGGCGCGGUCAACGGGAAAGGAGGCCAAAUGUGAGGCUUGCGGACUAUGUCACACAUGUAGCUGGUCCACUUACUGAGGGAAAGGAUGGCAAGGGAGACUUUUAUCUUCUGGAGGCAAGCAAGUCCUUAUUAAAAGUGUUCUUCAAGCUAUUCCUGCCCAUAUUUUUUCAGCUGUUGCUCCACCUAAAGCAGUACUUGUGAAGAUGGAAAAGAGUUUUUCUAAUUUUUUCUGGGGACAAUCUGAGCAAAAACUCCAUUAUCAUUGGAGCUCUUGGGAACAUAUGAGUUAUCCUACUAAGGAGGGGGGUUUGGGUUUCACAAGAAUGCAAGAUAUAGUGGAUGCAUGUAGUGCUAAACUUUGGUGGAACUUUAGAACCAUUUCCACUCUUUGGGUCUAGUUUAUGAAAGCUAAAUACUGUUCUAGGGUU